GCGGCUUAUCGAAACGGAUCGGAGACCGAGGACCCGAGCCCGACCCAUUCGGCUAAAGCGGAAGCAAAAGCGAGCGUGCAAAUCUGGCACUCGAUCGCCGGACCAUGGGCUCGGCGUUGAUGGCUCGUGCUCCGCAAGACAAGCAACCGUUAUCAUAGCGUCGGCCUCGUCGAGUUGUUCGGCGACUCGUCUUGCUGCUCAUCAUUGCUCCAAACACCAGCGUAGCAUAUGGCCUAUAGUUGGGAAUCAUUACACGGAAUGCUAAUCCUCCACCGACCACGCGGAUCGACAGUAAGUUUGUUAGGUUAGAUUCAGGUUUUCGGUAGGAGAAGAGCUGGAAGACUCGAGUGCUUAUGCUUGGAAUAAUUGCCACAACAACAUGUUCAAUCGAUCAAAAGCUCAAAGCAAAGCAUAACAGAGCCCAGCAGAGCAGAGCAGAGCAGAGCAGAGCAAACAGAGCAUCAUUAAAGAUAAAGAAGAAAGGAAAAGGAGCGAGCAAACAACCCCGCCCUCUUCUCCUCUUCCGCUCCGCUCCUCCUACUUUACCAAGGACGAGGGACACCAUCAAGCAUUGUGCCCCAUUUCUCAACUUUCCCUUGAUGCCUACUUAGUUAGCAGGCCAUUCAAGGAACUGGCAUUGCGCCAUUGUUGUUUGUAGCGGAGGAUGAGGAGUCUUCCUUACUUUCUGGGCCUGCUCCUCUUGCUCUGGCCGCCGAUGGCGCAAACCGCCCCCCUGAACGACGACGUGCUCGGCUUGAUCGUCUUCAAGGCCGACAUUGUGGAUCCCUUCUCCAAGCUCGCGUCUUGGAAUGAGGACGAGGACGACCCCUGCGCCUGGACCGGCGUCAAGUGCAGUCCGCGGAGCAACCGGGUGACCGAGCUGUCUCUGCCCGGUUUCUCCCUCUCCGGAAGGAUCGGGCGCGGCCUCCUUCAGCUCGCCGCCCUCCAAACCCUUGACUUCUCGCGCAACAAUUUCUCCGGGAGCCUCCACCCCGGCCUCCUCCAGAUCGCUUCCCUCCGGGCCUUCGACCUCAGCGACAACAACCUCUCCGGGAUGAUUGCGGAUGAGUUCUUCGACCAAUGCCGGUCGUUGAGGUCCCUCUCGCUGGCGAAUAAUGCCCUUUCCGGAGAGAUUCCUCGGAGCAUCGGCUCUUGCUCCACCUUGGCCGCAUUGAAUCUGUCAUCGAACCGGCUCUCGGGUUCAUUACCGAAGGGGCUCUGGUCCCUCUUUGCUCUUCGAACCCUAGACCUUUCCGACAAUGCCCUUGUUGGAGAGAUACCAAAGGGAGCCAGUCGAUUGUAUAACCUAAGGUCCAUCAGAUUGAGAGGAAACCGUCUCACCGGCCGAUUGCCGGAUGACCUAGGCGAUUUUCCACUGCUGAGGCAUCUCGAUUUCAGUGCAAAUUUGCUCACGGGCGACCUUCCUGAAUCCAUUCGGAAGCUCUCCUUGUGCCGCCAUUUGAGCCUGGGCUCCAACCUCUUCGCAGGGGAAAUCCCAUCAUGGAUCGGAGCAAUGAAGAACUUGGAGUUCCUCGAUUUGUCUUCCAAUCGAUUUUCCGGCCGAAUCCCCGAGUCAAUCCGUGCUUGCAGAAGCUUGAAAGACUUGGAUUUGAGUGGCAACUCGCUGAGCGGAAAUCUACCACCAUGGAUUUUUGAGUUGGGGCUGCGGAGGUUUUCAGCUUCAGGAAACAGAAUGAGUGGGUUCAUUCCAGGAGGAGAUGCCGCUGCCGGUGGCCGGACUCUGAGCUACGUGGAUUUAUCUGGGAAUGGUUUCUCCGGCGGAGUUCCUCCCGCUCUUGGUAACCUUCCGAGCCUGAGAUUCUUAAACCUUUCUAGGAACUCAUUUUCAGGCUCCAUACCUCCUGCUCUUCUGGGGCUGGAGACAAUGGAGGUUCUCGACAUUGGCAUGAACAAGAUCAACGGAAGCAUUCCAGUCGAGAUCGGGAAAGCAGUGUCCCUGAAUGUGCUGAGCCUCGAGAAGAAUUCUCUCGCCGGAGAAAUUCCAGCACAAAUAGGGAAUUGCUCUUCCCUCAAAUCUCUGAUAUUAUCGCAGAAUAAUCUGACAGGUUCGGUACCUUGGACGAUUGCCAAUCUCACCGACCUUGAGAUCGUUGAUCUUUCGUUCAAUAAUCUGAGUGGCAACCUCCCAAAGCAGCUGUCGAAUCUCGCUCAUCUCACUUCCUUCAACAUUUCCCAUAAUCUCUUCUCCGGCGACCUCCCCGCCGGAAACUUCUUCGACACCAUCUCUCCUUCCUCCGUCUCGAACAACCCCGAGCUCUGCGGCUCAGCGGUGAAUCGCUCCUGCCGCACUGUGCUCCCGAAACCGAUAGUCCUCAAUCCUAACUCAUCCACUUCAUCUCCCAACACCACGCUCUCGUCCGGCGACAUUCGCCACAAGAAAAUCAUACUCAGCAUCUCCGCUCUCAUUGCCAUCGGAGCUGCCACUGCGAUUGCUCUCGGCGUGAUCACUAUCACCAUCCUUAACAUGCGGGUGGUGCAGGCAGCCUCCCCUGGCUCCCGUUUGGCUGCUGCCCCCGCCCUCUCCGAUGGCUACUACAGUGAUUCUCCUACAGGCGAUGUGGCCUCUAACAAGCUCGUGAUGUUCUCAGGGGGCGACACUGUUUUCACUGUCGGAGCUCAUGCAGUUCUAAACAAGGACUGCGAGCUCGGCCGCGGGGGCUUUGGUACCGUCUACAAGACGAAUCUCCAGGAUGGGAGGCCUGUAGUGAUCAAGAAGCUCACAGUUUCGAGCCUGGUGAAGUCGCAAGCAGAUUUCGAAAGGGAUGUUAAAAAGCUAGGAAAACUAAGACAUCCUAAUCUGGUGGCCAUGGAAGGUUACUACUGGACUCGGUCCUUACAGCUCCUCAUAUAUGAGUAUGUCUCGGGUGGGAACCUAUGCAAGCACCUCCAUGAAUGUUCCAACUCAAGCCCCUUCACAUGGCGAGAACGCUUCCAUAUCAUUCUUGGGAUUGCAAGGAGUUUAGAUUACCUGCAUCGGCAGAAUAUUAUCCACUACAACUUGAAGGCAAGCAACAUCCUCGUUGAUGGCUCAGGCGAGGUCAAAGUCGGAGACUAUGGAUUGGCCAAAUUGUUACCGAUGCUCGAUCGGUACGUGCUUAGCAGCAAGAUUCAGAGUGCUCUUGGUUAUAUGGCGCCGGAGUUUGCAUGCCAAACAGUGAAGAUAACUGAAAAAUGCGAUGUCUAUGGAUUCGGAGUGUUGGCCUUAGAGAUCAUCACGGGAAGGAGGCCGGUCGAGUACAUGGAGGAUGAUGUGGUGGUGCUUAGCGAUGCGGUAAGGAUUGCGUUGGAAGCAGGAAUAGUGGAUGAACUAGUGGAUGGGAGGCUUGGUGGAAAGUUUCCGAUGGAGGAGGUUGUGCCGGUCGUUAAGUUGGGAUUGGUCUGUACAUCACAAGUACCUUCGAAUCGGCCUAGCAUGAGUGAAGUUGUUCAUGUUUUGGAGAUGAUCACAUGCCCGCAGGAGCAUCCAGAUGAAGAACUCACUUGAGCUUAUAGCCCUUUUGCCUACUUCUUUACUUUUGUUUUGUUCUUGAUAGUUAUGAUGGAGGGAGCUAGCACAUCAGCAAGGGGAAAUGGUUCUAAGGCGAAAAGGAAUUUGGCAUGCUCGUAGAAGAAAAGAAAUGCCGUGUUCCUUUUCGUUAAGAGGAAAGAAAAUGGGGACUCAACAUUUUCGUGUUCAUUAGCUCUCUUGUAGCUUGCGCUAUUGAAGAACAAAAGGGAGGGAAGCAUUUCAGAGUGAAGCUGUUUUGCUAGCUAGCUUUUUUUAUUUUGAUAUAUCUGUUUAUGUUGCUUUCUUAUGCAUCUUCUUGAUUUCAUUCUGUUUUGUGAUUUCUAUUCCAUGUCUUCUUUUAUUGCUAUUCUGAUGUAGCAAUGCAAAAGGAUUCAAAAUUCCUUCCCUCUCUAUGUACAUUGAAAAUUUUGAAUGCUUGGUUGACUAUGGA